AUGAUCGCUGUGAGGCGCUGGGGCAGACCCUGCCUUUUCCCCUUGCAGCUCUUCAGCCUCUGCUGGGUGCUCUCAGUGGCCCAGAGCAAGACAGUCCGAUACAGCACCUUCGAGGAGGAUGCCCCCGGUACGGUUAUUGGGACCCUGGCUGAAGACCUGCAUAUGAAAGUGUCCGGAGACACAAGCUUCCGCCUGAUGAAGCAGUUCAACAGCUCUCUGCUCCGGGUGCGCGAAGGCGACGGGCAGCUGACCGUCGGGGACGCGGGCCUGGACCGCGAGCGGCUGUGCGGCCAAGCCCCGCAGUGCGUGCUGGCCUUCGACGUGGUCAGCUUCUCGCAGGAGCAGUUCCGGCUGGUGCACGUGGAGGUGGAGGUGAGGGACGUCAACGACCACGCGCCGCGCUUUCCCCGCGCCCAGAUCCCGGUGGAGGUGUCCGAGGGUGCGGCCGUGGGCACGCGCAUCCCGCUGGAAGUGCCGGUGGACGAGGACGUCGGCGCCAACGGGCUGACGGACGCGACCUCGUCUGCCGGGCCCGGGGCGCCGGAGGCCGGCGCCACCUCGCUGGUGCCGGAGGGGGCGGCGCGCGAGAGCCUGGUGGCGUUGGUCAGCACCUCGGACAGGGACUCGGGCGCCAACGGGCAGGUGCGCUGCGCCCUCUACGGGCACGAGCACUUCCGGCUGCAGCCGGCCUACGCCGGCAGCUACCUGGUGGUGACCGCGGCGUCACUGGACCGCGAGCGCAUCUCCGAGUACAACCUGACCCUGGUGGCCGAGGACCGCGGCGCCCCCCCGCUGCGCACCGUGCGGCCCUACACCGUGCGCGUGGGCGACGAGAACGACAACGUGCCGCUCUUCACGCGGCCGGUCUACGACGUGUCGGUGCGCGAGAACAACCCGCCCGGCGCCUACCUGGCCACGGUGGCCGCCCGGGACCCGGACCUGGGCCGCAACGGCCAGGUCACUUACCGGCUGCUGGAGGCCGAGGUGGGCCGCGCUGGGGGCGCCGUAUCCACCUACGUCUCAGUGGACCCGGCUACAGGGGCCAUCUACGCGCUGCGCAGCUUUGACUAUGAGACGCUGCGCCAGCUCGACGUGCGCAUCCAAGCCAGCGACGGCGGCUUCCCUCAGCUUUCCAGUACCGCCUUGGUGCAAGUGCGGGUGCUCGACCAGAACGACCAUUCACCGGUCCUGGUGCACCCUGUGCCGGCAAACGGCUCCCUAGAAGUGGCGGUCCCCGGGCGCACAGCAAGGGACACGGCCGUGGUGCGCGUGCAAGCCCGAGAUGCGGACGAGGGCGCCAAUGGGGAUCUGGCCUUCGACCUGCAGCAGCAGGAGCCGCGCGAAGUCUUCGCCAUCGGCCGCCGCACGGGGGAGAUCGUGCUCACCGGCGACCUCUCUCAGGAGCCGCCGGGCCGUGUGUUCAAGGCGUUGCUGGUCAUAUCCGACGGCGGCCGUCCCCCUCUGUCCACCACCGCGACUGUCAGCUUCGUGGUAACAGCAGGCGUGGGGCGCGGGCCGGCCGCGCCUGUCAGUGCGGGAAACCCGGAGCGCUCCCGCCCACCUGGCUCACGGCUCGGGGCGUCGGGGCCGGCGCUGCAAUGGGACACGCCACUGAUCGUCAUCAUCGUGCUGGCCGGGAGCUGCACGCUGCUGCUGGCCGCCAUCAUCGCUAUCGCCACCACCUGCAAUCGCCGCAAGAAGGAGGUGCGCAAAGGGGGGUCCCUCCGGGAAGAACGGCCUGGGGCUGCGGGCGGCGGAGCCUCGGCUCCCGGCUCCCCGGAGGAGGCCACCCGGGGAGCCGGGCCCAGGCCCAACAUGUUCGACGUGCUCACCUUCCCUGGCAGCGGCAAAGCGCCCUUUGGCAGCCCCGCGGCCGACGCGCCCCCGCCCGUGGUCACCGCGGCCGAAGUGCCGGGCUCGGAGGGCGGCAGUGCCACUGGGGAAAGCGCCUGUCACUUCGAGGGGCAGCAGCGGCUCCGCGGUGCGCACGCCGAGCCCUACGGUGCCUCCCCUGGCUUCGGAAAGGAGCCGGCGCCCCCUGUGGCAGUCUGGAAGGGUCACUCAUUCAACACCAUCUCUGGCCGAGAAGCGGAGAAGUUCAGCGGCAAAGACAGCGGCAAAGGGGACAGUGAUUUCAAUGACAGCGAUUCCGACAUCAGCGGGGACGCUCUGAAAAAGGAUCUCAUCAACCACAUGCAGAGUGGACUGUGGGCGUGCACAGCUGAGUGUAAGAUCCUGGGCCACUCUGACCGCUGCUGGAGCCCGUCCUGCAGUGGCCCCAAUGCCCAGCCCUCCUCUCAUCCACCAGCCCAGAUGUCAACCUUCUGUAAGAGCACGUCCCUGCCUCGGGAUCCUCUGCGCAGGGACAAUUACUACCAGGCCCAGCUGCCCAAGACAGUGGGGCUGCAGAGCGUCUAUGAAAAAGUGCUUCACAGAGACUAUGACAGGACAGUCACUCUGCUCUCCCCUCCCCGUCCAGGAAGGCUCCCAGACCUGCAAGAGAUCGGGGUACCCCUCUAUCAGUCCCCCCCUGGCAGGUACCUGUCCCCGAAGAAGGGAGCCAAUGAAAAUGUGUAAUCCCAUGCUGCAUGUCUUCACACAUACACAGGUCACUCUGAGAAGCCCCUAAGUUAUUGACCAGUUUCAGUGUUGUAUAUAUAAAUAUGCAAGAUGUGCCUUAAAAUGAAGUUGUUGGAAGCUAUUUCCAAUCACAUUGGUACUGUUUGGUAUUUGCAAACAAAAAUGUAGUUAACGUAAUUUUUAUGAAAUGUGUGCAGUAUUUAAUUUUUCUUAUCAUGCUAUUGAUUUUAAUUUCACUUGCAGCUUGCCAUUUUCUUAGUGUUUUUAACCUGUACAUUGUGUAAUGUAAUGUUUGUAUAUAAUGAAAUUUUGUUAUAUUUUUAUAUAAUAAAAGCUAAAGUGAAAGUUAUUGCCAAAGGAACUGUCUGUAAGACAAAAAAACAAAACACGUUGGAAUUACCUAAUGGGAAUUUAUCUUUCACCUGAAACAACCUAGUGUUUGAGAAGUUUUGCCUUGCCAAGUAUAACUUGUAUAUCUUGAGUCUGUAGUAGAUUUCAAGUUCUAUGUUAUUUAAUUACAUUUGGUUUUCUGUAAACCAUGUCACUUAUAAGCACAGUAAUAAAGGAUUUGUCAUGUGUUUGAAGAA